CUCGGAGUCAUACAGAGCUCCUCUACCUGCCUCGCUUAAUGUUUGCCAUUACUUCAGCCUCUUUGUGAACCUGUUUCUCUAGAUGUCGUACGACUUUUAUAUCAUUCUGUAAGAGGUUUGUCACAGUCUGAUGACCCCGUCCAGGGGUAAAGCUGCGGAGCAAUGAACACAGGCUCUCAAAUCCGCCUGUUGCUGUGGAAGAACUGGACCCUCCGCAAAAGACAGAAGGUCCGCUUCCUGGUUGAGAUCUUCUGGCCGGUGUUGUUAUUUGUUGGUUUGGUGUGGCUGAGGAAGGCCAAUCCACUGUACAAACAACAUGAAUGUCAUUUUCCCAACAAGGCCAUGCCGUCAGCAGGGAUUCUCCCCUGGAUACAGGGCAUCUUCUGCAACGCCAACAACCCCUGCUUCAGAUAUCCCACCAGAGGAGAGUCUCCGGGUGUUGUGUCCAACUAUAACAACUCAGUAUUGGCACGCUUCUACGUUGAUGCCCAGGAGCUUCUGCUCAAUGAGACAGAGGUCCAACAGCUUGGCCGUCUUUGGCACCAACUGACAUCCUUCGCUAACUUCAUGGACACUUUACGCCGCAACCCAUCUCUGCUGUCAGGCCGUGGGCUGAAGUUAGAUGACAUUCUGAAGGACGACGAGGUUUUCACAGCCUACCUUUUGCGAGACGUUCCACUCUCGGAAUCUAUAGUCUACCAACUUGUCAAUGCAGAGAUACGACUAGAACAGUUCGCCUUUGGUAUCCCAGACCUGCAGCUGAAAGACAUAGCAUGCAGUCAGGCCCUGCUGGAGCGCUUCAUCAUCUUCCCCAGUCGCAUGGGGCUCCAUGGGGUCCGCAACGCCAUGUGUGCCCUCAGCCAGCAAAGCUUGCAGAAGAUAGAGGACGUCCUUUAUGCCAAUUUAGACUUCUUCAAAAUCUUCAAACUUAUGCCUCAGGUCGUGGACAGCAGCUCAGAGGGGAUCGACCUGCACUUCUGGGGUCGGGUUCUUAAGACGGUGUCAGAGAGGAUCCAAGUUCUGAUGAAUCGUGAGAGCUCUCAGGAGCUCCUGAAGACUGUUUCUUCACUGUUUCAAGACGGGGGUCCCACCUCGUUCGCCCAGCUGUUGUCCAGUGUGUCAAACCUUUUCUGUGGGUACCCAGAGGGAGGCGGGUCCAGAGUCCUGUCCUUCAACUGGUACGAGGACAACAACUACAAAGUGUUUCUGGGAGUCAAUGGAACCAAGAGCCAAACCUAUGUCUACGACAACUCUGCAACUCCGUUCUGCAACGCCCUGAUGCAGACCAUGGAGGCCAACCCGGUCACAAAAAUCGUCUGGAAUUCAGUCAAGCCCCUGCUGAUGGGAAAGAUCCUGUACACCCCCAACUCCCCUGCCGUCCACCAGAUAUUAAAGAGUGCCAACACAACAUUUGAAGAGCUAGAGAGGCUGCAGAACAUGGCCAAGGCCUGGGAGGAGUUGGGGCCUCAGCUGUGGGCUUUCUUCCAGAACAGCAUCCAGAUGAACAUGAUCAGGGACACCCUGAGAAACCCCACAGUGAAGAACUUUGUGGACAACAGUCUGCAGGACACUGACUUCACCACCAAAGACAUUUUGAACUUUCUGUACAACGGUCCAGAGGAUUGGCGGGAGCCAGGCAUGCGCAACUUUGACUGGAGGACAAUUUUUAACUCAACUGACCAGAUCAUACGCAUGUUAAACAAGUAUGGAGCGUGCAUCAAUCUGGAUAAGUUUGUGCCUUUCACCGAUGAGGCACAGAUGAUCCAUCAGGCCUUGCACCUGCUGGAGAAGAACAAGUUUUGGGCCGGGGUGGUCUUCAUGGACACGUAUCCCUGGACCACAAGUGUUCCCUCGCAUGUCAAGUACAAGAUCCGCAUGGACAUCGACGCGGUGGAGCGAACCAACAAGAUCAGAGACAGGUAUUGGGACCCCGGCCCCAGAGCAGACCCCAUAGAGGACCAGAGGUACAUAUGGGGGGGCUUUGCCUACCUGCAGGACAUGAUUGAACAUGGCAUCAUCAAGCUUCACACAGGAAACGACUGGCCACUCGGGGUCUACGUCCAGCAGAUGCCAUACCCGUGCUAUGUAGAUGACCUAUUUAUGAUCACGCUGAACCGCUGCUUCCCCUUGUUCAUGGUGCUGGCUUGGAUCUACUCUGUGUCCAUGACUGUGAAGAGCAUCGUGCUGGAGAAAGAGAUGCGCCUUAAGGAGACUCUCAAAGCCAUGGGCGUCCACAACGGAGUCAUCUGGUACACGUGUUUCAUCGACAGCUUCAUUAUGAUGACCGCAAGCACGACGCUGCUCACCACUAUCAUCAUGGGUGGAAAAGUGCUAAAUUACAGCAACCCCCUCCUCGUCUUCUUCUUCCUGCUGACGUUCACUGUCACCACCAUCAUGCAGUGUUUCCUGAUGAGUGUUUUCUUCAACAAGGCAAACCUGGCAGCUGCCUGCAGCGGCAUCAUCUACUUCACCCUCUAUCUGCCGCACAUACUCUGCUUCGCCUGGCAGGACCGCAUCACCAAGAACAUGAAACUAGCAGCUAGCCUGCUGUCUCCUGUGGCCUUUGGCUUUGGGACGGAGUACCUGUCGCGCUAUGAGGAGCAGGGUUUAGGUCUGCAGUGGAACAACAUCUGGACCAGCCCGUUAGAGAAAGACAAAUACUCCUUCCUCACCUCCAUCCUCAUGAUGGUGUUUGAUGCUGUCCUCUACGCCCUCCUGGCCUGGUAUCUGGAUAAUGUCUUCCCAGGACAGUACGGCAUUGGUCGACCAUUUUAUUUCCCAUUCCAGCCCUCUUACUGGCAAAGUGCUGCAUCUUCACACUCAGAAACAGCUGAGCAAGAUCCUGACAAACCUGAAGCAAACAACGUGGAGAAGGAUGUAGAGAGCAGGGGCACGCCAGAGAUGUACUGUAACGGUUCAGCAAGCAAGAAAACCUGUAAGCACCAGAGUAAGAGGGAGCGGCUGGAGAGGGAGAAGGAGAUGCUGAGAAAACAAGAGGAGACUGCAAAUCAGGAGGAGGAGGAGGGACAGGAGGAGGGGACUGAAGGUCAGUUGUUCUUUGAAGCCGACCCGGUGGGCCUGGUCCUGGGGGUGCAGAUUCAGAACCUGGUGAAGGUGUUUGAUAGAAGUUCUCGUCCAGCCGUCGACGGUCUCAACAUCAACUUUUAUGAAAGCCAGAUCACGUCCUUUCUGGGACACAACGGCGCUGGGAAAACCACCACUAUGUCCAUCCUGACCGGCAUGUUCCCUCCCACAUCUGGCACGGCAUACAUUAACGGAAGAGACAUCCGAACUGACAUGGACACCAUCCGCUCGUCUCUGGGGAUGUGUCCUCAGUACAACAUCCUCUUCAAACAUCUCACAGUGGAGGAGCACAUCCUGUUCUACUCACUGCUAAAGGGUCGGACUCAGGACGAGGCGGAGAGGGAGGUGGAGGACAUGCUGGUCGACCUCGGGCUGCCUCACAAGAGGGAUGACGAGGCUCAGAAUCUCUCAGGGGGCAUGCAGAGGAAACUGUCAGUCGCCAUGGCGUUUGUAGGCGGGUCAAAAGUUGUGAUCCUGGACGAACCCACUUCUGGAGUUGACCCUUACUCCAGAAGAUCCAUCUGGGAUCUCCUGCUUAAAUACAGAGCUGGCCGGACAGUGAUUCUGUCGACUCACCACAUGGACGAGGCCGACCUGCUGAGCGACCGCAUCGCCAUCAUCUCCAAAGGACAACUCCACUGCUGCGGAUCCCCCCUCUUCCUCAAAAACUGCUUCGGCGUUGGUUUCUAUUUGACUCUUGUGCGCCGGAUGAAGGAUCUCAAGAAGAGGGAGAACGACUGUGACUGUGCCUCAGACUGCUCCUGUUCCUGCUCCAUCUGCACCAGACACAAAGAUCAGUCUCAGUACCAGUCCCAGCACCUAGACAGAGUCAUGGAUGGGGACAUAGACAGCAUCAGUAGCCUCAUCCACCACCACGUCCCGGAAGCCAAAUUGAUCGAGACGAUUGGUCAGGAGCUGACCUACCUGCUCCCCAACAAGGGCUUCAAACAUCGAGCGUACGCCAGCCUGUUCAGGGAGCUGGAGGAGACGCUCACUGACAUGGGCCUCAGCAGCUUCGGCAUCUCUGAUACUUCACUUGAAGAGAUCUUCAUAAAGGUCACAGCAGACGGAGAAGCAGCGAGUCAUGCCAUCACUCCUGAACAUAAUGGUGCUAUCAAGGCCAAUGGCACUACUGAUGAUGCGUCAGACAGCAGUGCGGGACGGGGCUCCAGGCAGGUGAAAGGGUUCACUCUGACCCUGAAGCAGUUCCACGCGCUGCUCGUGAAAAGGUUUCACCACGCCACAAGAAGCAAGAAAGACUUCCUGGCACAGAUCGUCCUGCCUGCCAGUUUUGUCCUCAUAGCUCUGAUCUUCACCAAGAUCGUCCCUCCGUUUGGAGAGUACCCAAGUCUGACUCUGACCCCCUGGAUGUACGGACAGCAGUUCACUUUCUUCAGUAACGAGCAACCGUUUGACCCCAAAAUGAAACGCUUCACAGAGCGCUUACUGAACAGACCGGGCCUGGGGACACGCUGCAUGGAGGGGGAACCACUUGGAAUGACGUGUAGUAACAGCACCGCACAGUGGGAGGACCCUGACGUCUCCCCCGUAGUCAGCGACAUCUUACAGAGUCCAGAGUGGAACAAGAGGAACCCGUCUCCGACCUGCCAGUGCAGCACCAGUGAGAAGCUCACCAUGAUGCCUAUCUGUCCCGCUGGAGCCGGAGGUCUUCCUCCUCGCCAUCGAAUCGAGGCUUCGGGAGACACGAUGCUCGAUCUGACGGAGAGGAACAUCUCGGACUACCUAGUUAAAACCUACCCCGGCCUCAUCCGAGCUAGCUUGAAGAGCAAAUACUGGGUGAAUGAACAAAGAUAUGGAGGUCUGUCGGUAGGAGGACAGCUUCCCAUCCUGGACGUCGACCCCCAAACUAUCCGGAGCGCUUUCCACCAGCUGGGACAAAUGCUCAACAUCACAGGGGGUUACUAUUCACGGCUUGCACUGAGGGAGAUCGGUCCUUUCUUACGAUUCAUGGAGAGUGAAUUCAACAUUAAGGUGUGGUAUAACAACAAAGGCUGGCACGCCAUGGUGGCUUUCAUGAACGUGGCUAACAACGCCAUCCUGCGGGCCUUCCUCCCCCGCUCUGCAAAGCCCGUCGAGUUUGGCAUCACCGCCAUCAACCACCCUCUGAACCUCACCAAAGAGCAGCUCUCUGAAGUCACAGUGUUGACCACUUCAGUAGACGCCGUGGUGGCGAUCUGUGUCAUUUUCGCCAUGUCCUUCAUCCCUGCCAGCUUCGUCCUCUACCUCAUCCAGGAGCGUGUGACCAAGGCCAAACACCUGCAGUUUGUGAGCGGCGUCAGCCCUUUGGUGUACUGGGUGGCCAACUUCUUCUGGGACAUGAUGAACUACACUCUCAGCACUGCAAUGGUGGUUGGCAUUUUCAUGGCUUUUGACAAAAAAUGUUACACAUCACCAUCCAACCUUCCCGCCCUCGUAACACUCCUUCUACUUUAUGGGUGGUCAGUGACGCCUAUGAUGUAUCCCAUGUCUUACAUUUUCAACAUCCCCAGUACUGCGUAUGUGUCACUCUCCUGCAUCAACCUGUUCAUAGGCAUCAACAGCAGCGCCAUCACCUUCAUCCUGGAGCUUUUCGAAAACAAUCGGCCUUUGCUGAUGUUCAAUGAGUGGCUGAAGAAAGGCCUGCUGGUGCUCCCUCACUUCUGCCUGGGGCGAGGGCUCAUCGACAUGGCCAUGAACCAGGCUGUUACUGAUGUCUAUGCCAGAUUUGGUGAAGAGUUCACACAGGACCCUUUCCGCUGGGACUUUGUGGGGAAGAAUAUUGCUUUCAUGGCGGUGGAAGGCUUUGUGUACUUCAUUCUCAAUCUUCUGAUCCAGUACCGCUUCUUCGUGGACCACUGGUUAUCAGAGAGCAAACAAAGUCAUAAACAAAAUGAGGACGUGGACGUGGCAGCAGAGAGGAGGAGGAUUAAUGAAGGAGGGAGCAACACAGACAUCCUGCAGAUCAGAGACCUCUCUAAGACGUAUGUGGGCAGGAAGAGGGCAGCUGUGGACCGGAUUUGUGUUGGUGUUCCCGCAGGAGAGUGUUUUGGUCUCCUGGGAGUUAAUGGAGCUGGAAAGACGACGACCUUCAAAAUGCUGACUGGUGACACUGAUGUCAGCUCCGGGGAGGCCACUGUGGCUGGAUACAGCAUCCUGUCAGAGAUUCUGGACGUGCACCAGAACAUGGGCUACUGCCCUCAGUUUGACGCCAUUGAUGAGCUUCUAACCGGCAGGGAGCAUCUGUACCUGUAUGCUCGUCUCAGAGGGGUACCAGAGUCUGAGAUCCCCAGAGUGGCAGAGUGGGGCAUCCAGAAGCUGGGUCUGACUGAAUAUGCGGGCCGCUGUGCGGUGACCUACAGCGGAGGCAACAGGCGCAAACUCUCCACAGCCAUCGCCAUGAUUGGCUGCCCAGCUUUGGUGCUGCUGGACGAGCCCACGACAGGGAUGGACCCUCACUCUCGACGCUUCCUGUGGAAUGCCAUCAUGAGUGUGAUUCAGGACGGCAGGGCGGUGGUGCUCACAUCACACAGUAUGGAGGAGUGUGAGGCUCUCUGCACUCGACUGGCCAUCAUGGUCAACGGGACCUUCAAGUGUCUGGGCACAAUCCAACAUCUCAAAUACAAAUUUGGUGACGGCUAUGUAGUGACCAUGAAAAUCAAGGCAGCUAAAGCGUGCUCGUCACCAGACCUGCAGCCUGUAGAGAACUUCAUGGAGAGCAGCUUCCCUGGCUGCAUUCAGAGAGAGAAGCACUACAACACGCUGCAGUAUGAAAUCGCCACCACCUCUCUAGCCAGGGUAUUUCAGCUGGUGGUGGCCAAUAAAGAGAGACUCAGCAUCGAAGACUACUCUGUUUCCCAGACAACACUGGACCAGGUGUUUGUCAACUUUGCCAAGCAACAGACAGGAGAAGACGACGACGUUACGUUACAACGACGAACAGCGUGCGGAAGAAAAGACGUAAAGAUCUCACCGGUGCAGAGAAAAACAUAAAAAAGUGUCUCCUGUACACAGUCACAGAAGUAGAGGUGGUACUCUGCUGGGAGAUAAUAUAACAUUCCUAUUUAUACAAUGUAAAUAGCCAAAUUGCUUUGUUAGAGAUUAUGUUAAUGGACAAGCCUUGCCAGUGAUCAGCAAAAAGUCAAUAGUAGUGCAAUUCCUUUUCCCAUUCACAGAACAAUGUUAUACCCUAUGACUGGAAACAUCUCAUCCAUAUUUGAUCAUGCAACACCAUGCAUGCAUGUCUGACACAUUACUUUGACUUAACAGCUGAAACUGAUGCAAAAUAUGUUGGUUCUUCAUCUGAGCAAAUGAAAAAGAAAGAUCUUUUUUUUAAAUUGUUUUACUGGCCUGUAUACAUUUGUACAUACUGUAUGUGUAAUGAAUGCUUAAAGGGUUGGUUCAAAAGUUGUGUUGUAUGCAGCAGUUUUCAACGGUCUGUGUAUUUCCUACAGUAGAUGGUCGUUGGUUUUUCUCUGAGUUUGAAGAAACCAGGGCUGGUUGCAUUCAGACAGAAAAUGUGCUGAUGUAUACAGCAGGGGGAAAAAAACCUGUGUUUAUAGGAAGUGGGCGUGGCCACUGUUAUGACACCCGGUACUGUCUGGACUGCCAUUUGAGGCCGCUGGUUUGCCAUCUAGUUUAUUGAGCUUGGUUUGCAAUGUGCAUUUAUAAUUCUUGGUAAAUGUGACAAACACUUGGAUGAUUAUUCUGACAUUCUACAAAGAAAUGAACAGACAACUCUGUAGAGUUUCAUUUAGAACAAUGAAUGGCUCAAUAAGGCCACCAAGGUGUUGCCUUGUCAACUGUAAACCUAAAGCCACAACCUAAAGCAUCUCUUGCUCCCAUCUAUUUUACUCUAAAAAGGACGAAUACUUGAAAAUAUGAAUUAAUUGGAAACUCUUGCACUGUAGCCACUCCACAAAUGGAGGUCGCUGCUAUCAGAGAAGGACCUUAGAAUAUAAAUAUAUAAAUAUAAAUCAGUGGACUCCUUCUUUCAGACGUGAUCCAAAGAAAGUACUGGAGCGCAAAAAACCACUUAAGGCAAAUUUAAUUUAGGUUCAAAGGACUAAUGUUUCGAUGCACUCUGUCUUCCUCAGGGUCAAACAGUACAGUUACAGAUUUGAAAAAGCUAAACACACUUCUCCUCACAACAAAUCAUCUCUAAGUGGUUAAUGGAAGAGGAAAGAAAUAAGUGAUUUAGACCAGUAGGUUGUUAGGGAAAAGUUUGAUGAAGAAAGAAAAGGAAGUAUUUUCUGAUAAACGUCAUUAAAAAAUUAUCUUUUUUUUUUUUACCAGUGGGUUCGCGCCCUGCUUGCCAUUAGAAAGAAAUGGCGACUUUGCUUUGGCCUCAGUUUCAGACCUGAAUGUUGAUCUAUUUCUUCUUCACAGUGCUUGAAAAAAAACAAACACAUUUUAGACAUCUAAAAAACACCCACCUUAACACCUACAAUCCCUUUUCCUGUGAACUUGCAUUUUUCCAAAGCUUCAUCUUACUAUCAGACAACAUUUGAUUUUCUGAAACUCGUCUUUUCAGAACUGGUCGUGUGCCAAUUGUCAUCUACUAUAGCUGAUACACUGACAGUAAUUAUUGUAUAUAUAUUAAUAAUGUAUAAAUCUCUCUUACAACCUCACUCCGGCACUAAUCCUUUAAGUACAUUAGAAUAUAUUCUUUUUUUUAAGUUUACAGUAACACGCACACCUCAAUUUUUUUGUGGCAAAUGUAAACAAAUGUCAUUCAAUGUUGGAUGUUUAUUUCUACUCCAUAUUUACUGUAAUGCUUCCAUUAUCCACAGACAUAUGCAGUUGUACAUUAAGGUAUUUCUUACUCCAUUAUCAGUACAAAAAAUAGCAGAGGAUAUUGCUCCUGAAGGAUUGUGGGGGGAAAAGGUAUAUACUAUCGCUGUAGAUAAAGAGGAAUUAUAUUUUGUAUGACCCAAUGAAACUAUUUAACAUGCUUUAUACUUCAUGCUCCGCACAGUGUUGACUAGCUGAGUUGUACUACAUCAUCACUCUCAAAUAAAACAGUACCAAGUUUCAUAAUCUA